CGAUAAGGAAAGGAUGUUUGAAAGGUCUAUAUACUUUGUAGCAAUCGGCCUUGGGUAAAUUAAUUCAACCUUCUUUUGACACACAUCUACUAACGGAAUUCUUACACGAGUUGAUAAAGAGUUUGGUGCAAGUGGAGUUCAUUUUUCACAGCAGAAAAACUACCAUUCAAGACUGAAUACAGUGUGAUAAUCACUGACUCCUCACUCUAGAAAUUUCAAAGCUCAACCGUACUCAAGUAUGUAUAUAUUUUUACCUGACUUCCCGGUGAACACAUAAUCUGUGAACAAAUACAGAGAAUUUCGUCUCAUUGUUUUACAUGAUGUAUAAACAUCUCCAUAACUUUACGGGCAAAUUUUUGUCAAGAGUAGAUUCCGGUAUGGAGUGACACAUCUUUUGGUAGAUGUGUCUCAUGCAACGAGGUUGUAGUCAAGUAAAUUUGGUAAAAUAAAAUGAUUUCAUAAUACUUUGGUGUUUUUUAAUGAGUCAUGUUGAGAGGUGCUAAAGGUUAUCUUUAGUAGACCAUGAUGCACUUUGGUCUACUGAAUAACGAUUAUCGUUGAUAACUAGUUUUCACAGAAAUUAUCAGUAGAGAUUUGGAGAAACAUUACACAAAUGUAUUAACCAUCACUGAAUACCUGUCACUGUAUUUGUUCAAGUCAUUGAGUGUUCUUCUACCUGUUGUUUCUACUCUUCUAAAUCACUGACUGCAAAGUGUACCGAAAAUAUUAUGAUGAAUGAAUAAUACUAACUACCAAUAAACAAUGGAAUUGAAUUUGUAAAAAUCUUAGCGAUGGAAAUUAAAGUAAACUCAAUUGUCCGAUUGGUAGUCUGGUUCACGCUCCUUCAAAGGAAAUAAAGCUUGGAUCAGACUGCCGAGCAUAACGUGGGAUUUCUUUUAAUUCCAGUCACUGAGAUUUUUAUGAAUACAACUCCCUUCUUUAGGGUCUUCCGUUAAUUCAGCACCUAACUAACGUGAAACUGUUCUUUCAAAUUUAGACGAAAGUUCCCAUAGGAGUAACUACCAUAAUUGAACAUCACUUACAGUUGAUAAUUAGUCCGAUUGAAUCUCAAAGAAAAUGCGUAACGCGACGACUCAAUUUUCAGAAAUCUAAACGUUCACAAUGGUCAAGUGAAACAGUAGAUUGAAGUACGACAUACACCUAAGAUAGUUCAUUGCCAAAACCAAUAGUGAGUUCAAGAAAUAAUAAUAAUAAUCUGUCAAACUUCACCAACUCUUUCCUUCUAAAACCAGAUACAAUGAGCAUCUUACAUUGCUACAAUUUUCCUUUUACAAACAAACCCACUGGAAUCCACACAAAUAAGUAAGACAUAUGAGUCCAAGAGUUGAUACGGCGACCUCCUUUACCGUGAACUUUUGCUAAAUUUAAGCUUACACUAACGUUUUUCAUUCUCAUUCUUGUACGUACAGAAUAUAUCUCAAUAACUAACCUAAUCAACGAUACUCAGAACCCACCUUUUUAUUACAUGUAAGGGUAAAAGUUGAUGUACACACACAUACAUAUUGUUUAUUGACAUGUCACCAUUUGACUGGCAUUUUGAAUUCAGAAGUAGCCUUCCAUUCCCUAUACUAAUAGAUUGUUCACUAAUAUUUCCAAACUAAAAUAAUUCAGAAUCUGAAAAACAUGAACAUCGAGAACAGAUGUUUCAGUUUGUCCUCUACAUAAGUGCAGAUUUAUCAGAUUCUGAAGAGAGAAUACUUUAAAUUUAUGUUUAACGUCGUUUGUUUACUUUCAAUACAUUUUCAAAAAGUAGAUAAUUUCUUAAUCCGCACACUCUCCAUCGCACUUAAAUCAUAUGUUAUAAUGUUUGGUUCUCAAUCAAGAUGUUCAGCUCACUUUCUCUACUAGUUGUUCGUGUAGUAUACGGUAUAAACAAGGAUAGAGAAAUAUAUUGGAGAUAGAUAUCUAACACUACAUAUUCACUAUGACUUGAUCAAUACACCCCUAUCAAUCAGAUUCAUUUCAUUGGACUUCGACUGCUCAAGUGUGAUUUUAAUUGGUCGUUGGUAGCCUUGAAAAUAGUGGUCAGAGAAUCAUGUGACAGGACGGUGAGAUCGAUACAAUUGGAUAAACAAUAAAAACAUGAGAAAAGUUACGUUGUGUAAGCUCCAUGAAAUGCCCUUCAUGCAAUAAGGAGGUCUACUUUGGUAGUGCAAAAAAAACGCUGACUGCGGGUUCCCACUGUGAACAUGAUGGUAAACCCUAUUGUCAGAUUCCAUGUUACCAAGCACUGUUUGGACCCAAAGGUUAUGGGUCAGUGGCCAGCAGUCACGUCUACAAAUAG